AUGUAUGAAGACUAUGUCUACUGUCUUCCUACAGACUAUGUCUGCUGUCUUCCUACAGACUAUGUCUGCUGUCUUCCUACAGACUAUGUCUACUGUCUCCCUACAGACUAUGUCUACUGUCUUCCUACAGACUAUGUCUACUGUCUCCCUACAGACUGUGUCUACUGUCUUCCUACAGACUGUGUCUACUGUCUUCCUACAGACUAUGUCUACUGUCUCCCUACAGACUGUGUCUACUGUCUUCCUACAGACUAUGUCUACUGUCUCCCUACAGACUGUGUCUACUGUCUUCCUACAGACUAUGUCUACUGUCUUCCUACAGACUAUGUCUGCUGUCUUCCUACAGACUAUGUCUACUGUCUCCCUACAGACUGUGUCUACUGUCUCCCUACAGACUAUGUCUACUGUCUUCCUACAGACUAUGUCUACUGUCUUCCUACAGACUAUGUCUACUGUCUUCCUACAGACUAUGUCUACUGUCUCCCUACAGACUGUGUCUACUGUCUUCCUACAGACUAUGUCGACUGUCUUCCUACAGACUAUGUCUGCUGUCUUCCUACAGACUAUGUCUACUGUCUCCCUACAGACUAUGUCUACUGUCUUCCUACAGACUAUGUCUACUGUCUUCCUACAGACUAUGUCUACUGUCUUCCUACAGACUGUGUCUACUGUCUUCCUACAGACUAUGUCUGCUGUCUCCCUACAGACUGUGUCUACUGUCUUCCUACAGACUGUGCCUACUGUCUUCCUACAGACUGUGUCUACUGUCUUCCUACAGACUAUGUCUACUGUCUCCCUACAGACUAUGUCUGCUGUCUUCCUACAGACUAUGUCUACUGUCUUCCUACAGACUAUGUCUGCUGUCUUCCUACAGACUAUGUCUACUGUCUUCCUAAAGACUAUGUCUACUGUCUCCCUACAGACUAUGUCUACUGUCUUCCUACAGACUAUGACUAUGCAGCAGCUAAGUCCUCAACAGAUAUAGAAUGGAAAAGAGGUCACUAUAUUUUGUAG